CUAAUUGUGUCAAUUUGUUUGAUUGAUUUCGUUCUGGUUGUUAGCUCAUGUAUUUAUCUGUCAGUCUUUUCUUAUUUAAUUAGGAUUGAUUUUUUUUUCAGUUAUUAUAGCAUUGUUAGUUAUGGAUGGUGAGAGGUCGAACACUACUGUGGAUGAAGGGAAAAAUGAAUCUAAUGAAGGAAAUAAGCUGGAUGGGCAGUCAUGUAAUGUAGAUAAUGCUGCGUGGUUAAAAUCAAAGUAUCCUAUGGGUCUAAGUGGACAUUCAGCAUUUCUGCAAAAGAAACUGGCUAAGGGGCAAAAAUAUUUUGAUUCUGGUGAUUAUCAAAUGGCAAGACAAACAACUGGAGUCACUAAAGGAAGGCAAUCUCAGGCUUCUACACCUUUCUUUAAUUUCCCAACUGGAGAAGCAAUUCCAACCCCAGAAAGUGUACCAGUACGAAAAACAUCUAUAAUUCAGCCAAAAUUUCAUGUACCGCCUCCACCAACAUCUCCACCUAUGGCAUGCAAUUCUAAUGUUAACACUGCGUCAACUAACUAUCCAUCUAAUUCAUAAUUAUAUUGUUUUUAGUGAUGUAUUGUUUGACUGUAGGAUGUCUUGAUUGUGACAUUUCAUGUCAGAGGGCAUAUUGUUUAUAUGGAUUAUAAUUUGUGUAUAAUUUACCCACUUCAUUAAUGUGACAAUGAAAAUAGUGAAAAGUGGUGUAAUUUAAUUUUUAAAAACACCUUAAUGUAUUUUGAAUAUAUUCUUAAAGAAAAAAUGUUUAUAUUAAGAUAUACACCUCACCUACAUAUAUAUAGAUAAGUUCUCAUGUGAAUGUGUAUUCAUUGUUCUAUAGAAAUAGCAAGUUUUAAAGUUAAAUAACAGAUUUCAAUACACAUGACUAUAGUAAUUUAUUUUUAAAAUAACUAUUAUUUUUUUUCCUACUUCUUUUUCUUAAAAGGAUAUUAUCAUAAGCACAUAUUGUAAUUUCUUAUUGCUAUUAUUUUAAUUAAAGUUAAAUAACAGGUUUCAAUACAUAUGACUAUAGUAAUUGAUUUUUAAAAUAACUAUUAUUUU